AUGGUUGGAUGGUGUUCAUAUUCUUAUGAAAAGAUUGAAAAUGUUGAAUGGAUGAUAAAGAAUAAUCAUUUAGGAUUAUUAAAAGAUAAGAUUAAAAGAAAAUCAAAUUUAGUUUUUUCUUUUACAAAAUUAAAUUAUUAUAAUGAAGAAACUAAAAUCAAUAAUUAUAAAUAUUCAAUAUUUAAUCAAUUUAAACAAGAUAUUGAUAAUAAUAAAGAAUUAUUUUUAAAUUUAUUAAAAAACUAUUCAAAUGAAUUUCAGUUAAUAACUACAACAAUAACGACAAAGACAACGACAAUUAAUAAUUCAAUUGAAUAUUUAGAAAAAAUUUCAAUCAAAUAUAAUAAUAUAUCAUUAUAUAAAAUUUUAAUUGAAAAUUAUAAAUUAGAACCAAAAUUAUCAUCAUUAAAAUAUCAAUUGAUAUUGGAUCUUAUGAAAUUUCAAAAAUUAUUUUCAAUUAUUUAA